UAGGAGCAGCAGAAGAAGAAGAAGCAUGUGACGUCAUUCCAGGGGCGCCAAACCCGUCAGAGACAGAAACACAACACGGAGUUCUGCCCUCGUCUGUUUAGCCUGCUGCCAUGGACCUCAGACCCUUUGAGACGGACAACUCAGUCAGCUGCAGACUGGCCUCUAAGGUCCCGGAUGUCUGCCGCACAGAGGACUGCUGUCUGGGCAUUGAUGAGGCGGGCAGAGGGCCUGUGCUGGGGCCCAUGGUGUAUGGGAUAUGUUUCUGUCCCGUUUCCAAAAAGCAGAAGCUGAAGGAAUCGAAAGUGGCAGAUUCAAAGACUCUAACGGAGGCAGAGAGAGAGAAUCUUUUCAAAAAACUGGACGAAGCCAAAAGUUACGUGGGCUGGGCUCUGCAGAUUCUCUCACCCAACACCAUCUCCACCAGCAUGUUACAGAGGUCAAAAUACAACUUGAACGCCCUUUCACAUGACGCAGCGAUUGGUCUGGUCCAGUAUGCCUUGGACAGUGGAGUCCAGCUCAAAGAGGUAUUUGUGGACACAGUUGGCCCGGCGGAAAAGUAUGAGGAGAAACUCUCAAAGCUCUUCCCAGGUAUCGAGGUGACGGUGAGGCCAAAGGCCGACUCCCUCUACCCCAUCGUCAGUGCCGCCAGUAUCUGUGCAAAGGUGGCCAGGGAUCGCAUUGUGCAGGGCUGGACCUUUGCUGAGGACCUGGGAGAGGUGGACGCAGACUACGGCUCUGGAUACCCCGGUGACCCCAAGACUAAAGCGUGGCUGCUCAAGUACCUGGACCCCGUGUUCGGUUACCCUCAGUUUGUUCGAUUUAGCUGGAGCACUGCCCAAACCCUGAUGGACAGCAAGGGUGUGACCGUCCACUGGGACGACGAUGCUGAGGACGGGGAGAAGGCGGCCCAGCGGCAGAACAACAAGUCCAUGUUGUCCUACCUCAGUGCAUCAGCUGGAGGUAACAACCAAAAACCGACACACCGCUUCUUCACCGAGCGCCGGCUGAAGAGCCUCGACACACUCUGAAGACCACACGAUAGAGGACACACUGACUGGAUAACAUAAGCGCUUUUCUGAGAUAUCGCUCCAGACGUGGACUUUGAUGGAACAUUACAGAGAUUUUGUGUCUGUGUCACCAAUGCAGAUGUAAAUGAGGAUCUUUUAUUUGUCUUGUUUGUACCUGUUUUUUUUACUAUAUAAAAUACAUGUCUCGCCUUUUGUAAGAACCCUUGUUUUAAAGUUCUACACCAUACAAGAAACCAAAAGGCAUUGUUGUGGAAAGUGUUGCAAACUUUAAUGCCAAUACUGCCCUCUGGUGGCCAUAUGACAAAAUACACCAGGGUUAGAAAGUACCGUUAAACACAAUGAUCACAUUAGGGAUCCCAACACAACCACGUUGUUUUGGCUGACAUGAACAAAUUCAAAAACAUGACAACUGCAGAAUGAAAACCACUCAUCACAGCUGUUCCACCAAC